GGAUAUGUUAGGCUUAUUCUAUUCUGCACUGUUUCUCCAAGCAACCCGUUACGCCAUUCUCAAAGGAGUUGCUCCCCCUUGUUCGCGGGUUCCUAGUGUGCGUCUUCCUGCUUCAUCCAGCGCUCCGUCCGACGUGCAACUUAGUGCACUGCAUUCACCACCGUCUGCUCUUCUUAGCGCAGUCUGUUGCAACUUUAAACACCGCCUGGUUGCUGAGUAAGAGACGAUGGUACUGAUUCACGAGUUUCGCGUUCCGCUGCACAUGAGUGUGGAGGAAUUCCAAGUGGCUCAGCUGUACAUGGUGGUGAACGCCAGCGAGCAGCUCACGGGUGAUGGUGAGGGCGUGGAAAUCCUGGUGAACGAGCCCUAUGAUAACACGGACGGCCACAUGGGCGUGUCGAGCAUCUCGGGCUGGACCAUCCCACGCAACAAGGGCCAGUACACGCGCAAGCAUUACUACUGCAAGUCCAAAAUCCCUGGCUUCGUUUCCGCUUUUUGCCCGGAGGACAGCAUGGUGCUGAUCGAGGAGGCGUGGAACGCGUACCCGCACUGCGUGACCGUCAUCGUCAACGGUUACUUGGCCAAGCACAAGUUCUACAUCUCGAUCGAGUCCGUGCACAAGGCGGACCGGGGCGACUCGGAGAACGCAAUCGGUAUGAGCAGCAGCGAGCUCAAGCAGCGCAAAGUCGAAGUUUUGGACAUUGCGGAGAAGAUGCCCAAGCAGGAGCUCAAGGAAGACCGUGAUCCGGCCACGUACAAGUCCGUUAAGACUUCGCGUGGACCGCUGACUCGCGGCUGGAUGAAGACCGUGGACCCCAUCAUGACUUGCUACAAGGUUGUACGCAUCAACUUCGAUUACUGGGGCGUACAAGGCAAGGCGGAGAAGAUUAUUCGCGACCAGCAACGGCAGCUGUUCCACAACACUCUCCGUCAGGCGCAAUGCCAGACGGAUGAAUGGUACGGUCUUACGAUGGAGGACAUCCGGCGUCUAGAGGCUGAGGUGGUGGCGAAGCUUGAGGCCAAGCGUCUGACCAACUCGGCCAACUAAUAGAGGAUGAGAGAUGGAAACGACAAAACAUCGACGAUAUAGUCUAGCGACAGCUAUCAGGCAUAGCAGUUUUGCUGUUUGGGAUAGGCUAGGCUUCCUGCUCUCGUCAUACAUGUGGGCUUAGCAUUGAUUUUGAUGUAUUUUACAAUUCCGCACUUACAGCAAUCAGCAGCACGGC